GUCGACCGCCCGUUCUCCUCGUACGUCUUGCCUUCAGAGUUCAGACAGCGCCGCGCCCAGACACGCUUCCGGGCGCCACGUACCUCGCACACGCGUCGUAGGCAUAGACAUCUCCAUGGAUUUAUGUAUCCACUGAAUCCUAGCUACUGCUACUCCGUAAUUCCUAAGACAGCAGCAAGCGAUCGAGCGAGAAAGUUAAGCAGCUGGUCAGCCAUGGGGCAAGAAGGCACGGAGGAGAAGACGAGGCCGGACCCGGCAGCAGUGGAGAUCCAGGAGAAGGGCGAGGUGUUCUUCUUCUACCGUCCCAAGGUGAACCGCGACGAGGCGCGCAGCCCCGACGACGUCCAGCGGAUGUACGUCGUCCUCCGCCCGGAGUCCGCCCCGGGCCGCGACCGCCCCGCCGUCGAGCUCAAGCAGUCGCCGGACUCCGGCAAGGAGGGCACCAAGAGACGCAAGACAGGCGAUGGUGAUGACAAGAAAGCACCCGAAGGCGGCCACGGCCAAGAGGAGGUGAACAUGGAGGAAGCGCCGCUGCUGCGGGUGAUCGUGAUGGGGAAGAAGAGCCUGCCGGACCCGGGGAAGAAGAAGAAGAAGAAGAAGAAGAAGAAGAAGAAGCAGGGCCGGCCAAGCUGGGGCUACGUGGAGCUGGUCACCACGAGCGUCGAGGACGUGAAGGACGCGCUCAGGGGCGAAGACUACGACACCAAGACCCGGGGCAAGCGGCACCGGCCGGAGGCCCGGGCGCUCGGCGAGGGCGUCUACCGCAUCCUCAAGCACCACCAUUCCGGCCAUGGCGGCCGCGCCGCCCACACGCACCUCGUGUACAAGCUCGAGCUCCCCUGUUCCAAGGACGAAGGCGGCGAAGAAGGCGGUGCUGGGGAGCCGCAGGAGGCCAUGAACGUGGAGCCGGAGGCGUCGUUCGUGCUGCAGAUCAAGAACCCCGAGGGGCAGAAUUCCGGUGGUGGGGGGUUUGGGGGUUUGCAGGGGAAGCGGAAGGCCGAGUUCCCGGAGCACUUGAAGGAGAGGUUUGGGGGGAACCGGUAUGCGCCGGCUGACCCGCCGGAUUUGCUCAACUAUGAAGGGUGUGAGCUGCUGCUGAUCUCGGCGUCGGAUGAUGUCGAGGAGGAGCUGGGGCUGGAGCUGCACACGGAGACGGGAACAGAGGAGGGCGGAGGAGGAGCAAGGUGCUCGGACCUGGUGGAGAUGUUCGGCGACGUGGCGCACGUGAAGCCGCUGCUCAGCGGCACCUGGGACUAGCAGUCUAGAAACCAAACCACUGAUCAGCUCUGGAUGACAUGUAUUCUGCUACUAGUAGCUAGCUUGAAUCUGUAGGAGAUCUCAUAAUCUGUAGUUGUGUAGAGAGAUGUGCCACCAAACUUGGGCUGUACUACCUUUUUGCUUUUGGGACUGUAAUCCUUUCCAUCCAACGUACGUAGCAGUGUUUUGCUUUUCUGGCACUGUUGAUCCUGAAGAUGGAAAUUGCCAGAACAAUGGAAGCCUCCUGAUCCGUUGCCA